CGUCGUCAAGAAGCUCAACGUUUGGGUCGUAUUCUGCGAGCGAAACGAGGAAUGGAUGCUGAAGCCUAAAAUGCAUUCUUCUAUUCACUAGUGUCUCAAGAUACUAUGGAAAUGCAGUAUGCUUUGAAACGUCAACGUUUCUUAGUCAAUCAAGGAUAUGCAUAUAAACUGGAAUGGAAAAUGAAUCCUUAAAGUUGAGUAGAAAACAAGAACAAGCAGAGUUGUUGCAUCGUGUACUAGCUAGUACCGAUGAGGAUGCAAUGGAAGAGAAACUGCCAACUGAUCCUGAUGGCUUGGGCUUUUUAAACAGUCGUGUAGGCCCAUCAAGUGUUAUUCGUAAACCAAAUAAAAUGUCCAGCUUAUCAGGAGCAGACGAUGCUAUAUACGUGGAUACUAGUUCAUCAGCUGCUCGUAAAGAAAAACUGAAAGAAAGAUAUCCACUGUUUCGUUUAUUUAGAAGUUGA